AUGAUAUCGACUGUCUUUGGUUUCCUCGGCCAAAGGCCAUCCAGACAGACAACCGAUGAAAUCCGCGCGACAUGGCUCGCGAACCUGGUCAAAGAAGCCAACCGGUCCAAGAACGAACUGCACCCAGUGUUACAAGAAUUCCAGCAUCUCAUCGAAUCCAACUCACGCAUCUAUAUGCUCUUUCAAUCUAUGUGGGACCAAGCCCAAGAAGAGGCUCCCAAUCUGAGCCGCAGCCAUGAAGUCCAAGACUGCCGACAAAUGCUACGAGUUCUCAACUACAUCAUCACGCACGCACCUCCAUAUAUUGACAACGACAAUCUAGCCGGAGUGCCCAUGAUCGGACUAUUCCAAUACGCUAUCCCGACUAUUAGCGGCUAUGCUGUGUUCAUUGAUCCGGAGGUCAACGCCAUGCUCAAAAAGGUGCUGGAUGUGUGGGGGCAGUUUCUCUCAUCCUCUGAAUCGGUCUCUGUACUUGAUACGUCGCCAACGGGGUGGUUCGGUGACGGAGCUAUGCGCAAACUAACCACCACGGCUAAUGUCGGUGGGACGACCUAUGGAUUCGACGAGCUUUACGUCUGCGAUCGCAAUGUCCCAUACUACGGCUUCCGGUCUUGGGAUGCGUUCUUUACGCGCCCGUUUCGGGAGAAUAUCCGGCCCGUUGACUCUCCAGAUGAUGAUAGUGUUAUCGCCAAUGCGUGCGAAUCUCGGCCCUUUGCUAUUGCCCGGGAUGUGAAAGCCCGGGAUAGCUUUUGGAUUAAAGGUCAGACCUAUUCCCUGGUCGAUAUGUUUGGGGCUGGUUUUCCGGAUUCCUUCCUUGGUGGGACUAUCUAUCAAGGAUACCUAGAUACAUUCAGUUAUCAUCGGUGGCAUGCGCCUGUUUCUGGGAGGAUUGUCAAGGCGUAUACACUUGACGGCACUUAUUGUUCGACUCCAAGGGCCAUAGAUAGGGAUACUGUUGACGUCUAUGAAGGGGUUCAGAUUGACUAUCAGGUAUAUCUAUCGGCAAUGGCAACGCGAGCGGUGAUCUUCAUUCAGUCGGAAGGCCCGGAUAUUGGCCUGGUGGGCUUUCUGGGGAUUGGUAUGGUUGAGAUAUCAACGUGUGAGAUUACUGUGAAGGAAGGGGAAUAUAUCAAAAAGGGGGAUCAGAUUGGAAUGUUCCAUUAUGGUGGAUCGUCUCAUUGUGUCAUGUUCCAAAGGGGCGUGAAUGUUACGGGCUUUCCGGAAGUUGGAAGGAGGGAGAACGUGCCUGUUCGGGGGAGAUUGGCUGUUGUGAACCGAUAGAGACAUGAUGUUGGCUAGUAGACUAUGCUUAACAGCAAUGGAUAUAUGUGGUUUCUGUUUUUUGUACUGGGGAAAGCCAAUAUAGGUCUAACUCAGUCUAAAGCGAAGAGAAGAUUGCUAUGAAAUCGACUGUAGCCAGAA